UUCCUCGCUGCUUCUCACACCCCGUCACACUUCAAGUGUGCGUGUUUUACCAAAAUAUCUGCCCGCACGAACAAAUCCGAACCAAAAGCUACCCCCUGGCCCGUUGUUCACAGGCUCAUAGCCCCCUUUUCUGUUAUUUCAUUCACAUGGACGUUCACGGGGGUCGUGCUUGCCUUCUUGCUAUUGCAUUAUCGUGGAAGCUCUUCGCUCUUCCUGAGAAAAGAACCUUUAGUUAUCUCGUUUUCUUCUCUGUGCCGCCUCCUCGCUCUUUUCGAGUUCGGGGUUUUUGAGCAUACUACUACAAGUGCAAUACUCUUCUAAACCAUUAAAAUUGUGGGAAGUGCAUGCCGUUUUCCAUGGAUGGUUCACACAACGGAAGUUCUGAAAAAACAGAUUCACAAGAUAAGGACACAGAAAUCAAGGAUCCUGACGUUUCAAAACUGUUUGAGAGGCGAAAGGCGAGUAUGAAUGUUAUAGACAGGCAGAGAUCAUGUGAGGAAAGGUCAUUCAGUGAACUAGGAAUAGAAACUUCUCAACGUCACUUGUACAGAAAUGCUGAGAACACUCAUGGCUCGGGGGACAAUCUUGAUAAUGCUCUAUCUCCAAUGCAAAGAUCAGUUACUAAUGCCCCAAUAACACCAGCAUCGGAUCCACAUACAAUCAUACUUGAAGGUUGGGAGGCUCUGAGGCGUUCCUUAGUAUAUUUUCGCGGUCAACCGGUUGGGACAAUUGCUGCCUUGGAUAAUUCUAAGGAGAAUCUGAAUUAUAAUCAGGUGUUUGUAAGAGACUUUGUUCCAAGUGCGUUGGCCUUUCUGAUGAAAGGGGAACCUGACAUUGUUAAAAACUUUAUACUGAAGACUCUUCGCCUUCAGUCGUGGGAGAAAAAAGUUGAUAGAUUCCAGCUAGGAGCAGGAGUGAUGCCUGCUAGUUUCAAAGUAUUACAUGAACCAGUCAGAGAGCUUGAGACCUUGAUAGCAGAUUUUGGUGAAAGUGCAAUAGGAAGGGUUGCUCCAGUCGAUUCUGGAUUUUGGUGGAUCAUACUACUUCGUGGGUAUACAAAGUGUACCGGAGACACAUCCUUGGCUGAACUCCCUGAAUGUCAGAAGGGAAUGCGACUGAUUCUUAGUUUAUGUCUUUCAGAGGGGUUUGACACGUUCCCAACUCUUUUAUGUGCUGAUGGAUGCUGUAUGAUUGAUCGUAGAAUGGGUGUUUAUGGGUAUCCCAUUGAAAUUCAAGCACUUUUCUUCAUGGCUUUAAGAUGUGCCUUGCAAUUGCUUAAGCAAGAUGACGAGGGAAAAGAUUUUGUGGGACGAAUUGUCACACGCUUACAUGCCCUAAUCUAUCAUUUAAGAAGCUACUAUUGGUUGGAUUUGAAGCAACUUAAUGAUAUAUAUCGCUACAAAACAGAGGAGUACUCACAUACUGCAGUAAACAAGUUUAAUGUUAUCCCUGAUUCUCUUCCGGAUUGGAUUUUUGAUUUCAUGCCUGAUAACGGUGGCUACUUUAUAGGAAAUGUCAGUCCUGCCAGGAUGGAUUUCCGCUGGUUUUGCCUGGGAAAUUGCGUGGCAAUUUUGUCGUCCCUGGCUACUCAUGAGCAAUCCAUUGCAAUCAUGGACCUCAUAGAAUCACGGUGGCAGGAAUUAAUUGGGGAGAUGCCAGUGAAAGUUUGUUAUCCAGCUUUAGAAAGCCAUGAAUGGCGUAUCAUAACUGGAUGUGACCCAAAAAAUACUAGAUGGAGUUACCACAACGGCGGGUCUUGGCCAGUUCUUUUAUGGCUUCUCACGGCGGCCAGCAUCAAGAUUGGACGACCCCAUAUUGCGAAGCGAGCCCUUGAGAUUGCUGAAGCCAAAUUGUUGAAUGAUAACUGGCCAGAAUACUAUGACGGAAAGUCUGGCAGAUACAUAGGGAAGCAGGCGCGUAAAUGCCAGACCUGGUCCAUUGCUGGUUACUUGGUGGCCAGGAUGUUGCUGGAUGAUCCAUCCCUUGUAGGCAUGGUAUCAUUUGAGGAAGACAGACAUCUCAAGUCUGUACUCAGGAGGUCUAAUUCAUGUUAGCUGUUGAUUCUUUAUGGCUGAUUUUGACAUGGAAAGGAGUGGAAUGGUGGAGUUAGAGCUAGGAAGGUGGAGGCUAACAACAAUCUGGUUCGUCGUUACAUUUGUCAUUUCACAGGUUUAAGCAUUAGUCUCCAAUUAUUGCCCCGAUUUUUCGCCAAAUUAGGCGUACACAAUCGCAUGCAAGCAAAGCCUUACAUGGAUGCUUGAUGUUUCAAAACUAUAAAGCUAGAGUGCAUUUCUUAGAAUAUUUGUUAUUAAACUUUAGUUGAA